UCCAACCCUCAGGGUGGGUGCAAAGAAGCCCAGUCAAUCACGAAGCUGUAAACGAAGAAUGGUAGGGAUGCAUGAUCUUUGUGGUCAAAUUAAGGUUACAUCAUCAGUUAUGCAGCGAGCUGAAGCAGUCCAAGAAACUCUUGAUGCCAAGUUUCCUAGUUUUGUGAAGCCAAUGAUCCGAUCUAAUGUUAAAAAAGGUUUCUGGCUGUCUCUUCCAAGGCUAUUCUGCAAGCUUCAUUUGCCUGAUCAUGACACAACAAUUGUUUUGGAGGAUGAGAAUCGUAAAGAGUACAUCACGAAAUAUCUUGCUCAAAGAAGGGGCCUUAGUGCUGGGUGGAUGGGAUUUGCAAUUGCACACAAGUUAGUUGAGGGAGAUGUUCUGGUAUUUCAUAUGGUUAUUGCCAACAAACUAAAGGUAUACAUAAUAAGAUCCAGUCGUUUGGCCGAAGUUGAUGCAGCUCUUUGUCUUUUGCAAUUAGAGGGCCCUGCAACGGGAAACGAAUCUGGACAUAGAGGCGAUGAUUGCAGAGAUCCCCAACCUACUGGAGAAAAGAGUAAAAGUUCUUCACAACCAGAGAGCGAGAACAUUUCUGACAAGGAUAUGCUAGAUAACAAUUUGGGCUAG